ACCAUGGUGUGGGCCACAGGUCUCUUCCUUUGGAUCUCGUGCUCAGCAGCUCUCGCAGCCAACAGUUCAACAUGUGGUCAGAUGGCCUUUCCAUCCUGCUUUAAGUUUGGGGCUGCAUCCGCAGCUUACCAGAUCGAAGGAGCUUGGAAUGUUAGCGACAAAGGGGAGAACAAAUGGGACCGUCUGUGCCAUAGAUAUCCUGACCUGUUCCACGACCACCAAACCGGUGACCAAGCCUGCUUAUCAUAUUACUACUGGCAGAAAGACAUCGACAUUAUUGAGGAAGUCGGCUUAGAGUUCUACAGAUUCUCCAUAUCCUGGCCUCGUCUCCUACCAAACGGCCUCGCGGUUAAGAUCAGCGAGGAUGGCGUGAACUACUACAACAAACUAAUCAAUGGUCUUCUGGCGAAGGGCGUUGAGCCUGUAGUCACCUUGUACCAUUGGGACAUGCCGCAAAUGUUUCAGGAGUUAGGAGGCUGGGCCAAUCCUGCAAGCUCAGAUUGGUUUGCCGAUUACGUAAGGGUGGUCUUCCGUCUUUUCGGGGAUCGUGUGAAGACCUGGCUGACCAUCAAUGAACCUGUGAUGGAGUGCGACUAUUAUUACGGGAAUGGUAUCCUAAACCCACCAAUAGAUUACUUCGUUGGGCCUUACAUGUGUAAUAAAAACAUCUUAUUGGCCCACGCGAAGGCCUACAGGGUCUAUGAUAAGGAGUUCCGUCAAUUGUACGGUAAUGUAGGAAAAGUGUCAAUUGCAAACCAUUUAAUGUGGGUGAUGCCUGCAAGUGAAGAGUAUGAAGAACUAGCUGAAAUUGCCAGAGAGUACUUUUCCGGCCGCUACACGCAUCCAAUCUUUUCUAAAGAGGGAGGAUGGCCGAAAGUUAUCGAAGAUCAAAUCGCGAAGGUCAGCAAGGCACAAGGGUUCAACCAUUCCAGACUGCCGCCUUUUACUCAAGAAGAAAUAGAAUUAAUUAGAGGAACCUAUGACUUCUUUGGCAUGAACCACUAUUCGUCAAAAUUGGUGCGGUACGCGAAACCGGGUGAGAAACUCAGCUCAACUAUGUUCUCGUCAAUGUAUGAGUUCAACGCCACGCUAUUCACGGAUCCCAGCUGGGGAAAAGGCCAGAAUGAUUUUAUGGUGCCAUACCCCCCAGGAAUUAGAAAACAGAUGGAAUGGGUGAAGAAGAAGUAUGGAGACAUAGAGAUUCUGAUCACAGAGAAUGGUUUCUCCACGUCAGAUAAAGUCAUAGAUGAUGAUGGAAGAAUUGAAUAUGUCAAAUCAUAUUUGAAUGAGGUCCUUGUGGCUAUCCAGGAGGGCAUCAAAGUGACUGGAUAUGCCUACUGGUCCCUAUUGGACAAUUUCGAGUGGACGGGCGGAUAUUCGUCAAAGUUCGGUUUGUAUCAAGUGGACUUUAAUGACCCUCUGCGCCCGCGCACGGCGCGUAAAUCUGUGCAGUACUACGCGAACCUCAUCAAGAAUAGAGUCUUGUAGUAUUGUAAUAAGUUAUACAAUAAAUAAAACUAUA